UUGUCAUUUACAGUAGGGAUAUUGGAAAGAUAAAGAAUGAGGGAAUUUCCGUGAAACGAAGAAUAUUGGUGCCUGUUACUGCGUUUAUAUACAUUUUUCUCUAUGCUAACAUACUAAUUAUGAGGCAUAUGGUUUAUGACACCAAUGCAUGAACCCCAUUUAUUCGAAAAGUAUCUUUCGGAUAUAGUAUAAUUCGGAUAAAAUUAACUGGGUCGACGCAUUUAUUUGCAUUUUACAUUUAUUAAAACAAAAUGCCGGGCACUUUGAAAGUAAAAGUUGUCUCGGCAAGAGGACUGCCAGUAAUGGACAGGUCGACAGAUCUCACAGAUGCUUUCGUAGAGAUUAAACUUGGUCCGGAAGGUCAGAAGACCGAUGUUUGCAAGAAGUCAUUAAAUCCCCAAUGGAAUUCAGAGUGGUUCAAGUUUGAGGUCGAGGAUGAGGUGUUACAAGAUGAGCCACUGGAACUGAGGGUACUCGACCAUGACACAUACAGUGCCCAUGAUGCCAUUGGGAAAGUGUACAUUGAUUUGAAUCCUCUGCUGGUCAAAGAAAGCCCCUCGAUCAUAUCUGGAUGGUUUCCGUUGUAUGACACCAUGCAUGGAAUCCGUGGGGAUCUGAAUGUUAUUGUGAAAAUUGACCUGUUCAGUGACUUCAACAAGUUUCGUCAGUCAUCUUGUGGAAUACAGUUCUUCUGUACUCCGGAAGUGCCUGCAGGAUACAGACUCCAGUAUGUGCAUGGGUUUGUGGAGGAACUAGUUGUAAACGAUGAUCCAGAAUACCAGUGGAUAGACAAGAUACGCACACCUAGAUCCUCCAACGAGGCUCGUCAAAGGCUCUUCUCCAAAAUGUCAGGUCAGCUGGCUAGGAAGAUAGGUCUGAAGGUGUUGGAAAUGGGAGGAGGAGCUGUGAUAGGGUACCAGCAGUGUUUUGACCUGGAGGGAGAGUCUGGUAUCGUCAUACGCGGGAUUGGCACGGCAGUGACCUUGGUACGACUGCGGGAUGCCCAGGCCUCACCUCUUGGCAUGUCACCUCUCAAAGACUACCAGCGGUCAAUGGUGCCCGCCCUGCACAUCAGCACACCCAUCGUGAUGACCACUAAUAUCAACCCCAUGCACGCUCGACGCUCCCUUCAUCUGACUCAUCCCCACUCCCUCACCCCUCCGCCCCACUCUGACCACAACCAACAUUCAGACCAUGCCACUCCUACCUGCCACCAUUCUCAUUACCACCAUCCCCGUAGCCGUUCCCGUUCCACAAGUGGUAGUGACUCUGGCCCAUGCUCACCUAUCCGUCUGUCUUCCUCUCUUGGCCAUGCCCCCUCCCCCCUUACAGCCCCACCUUACCAUUCCCACUCCCAGCAGGGCUGUGCUCUGUCGCACUUCGCAUUUGAUUUCCCUUACAGUUCCCCCCUCCAAGAGGAGAAUCAUGUCCCUUCCCCCCCUCCCAGCAAAAAGGAACGGAGCACAACUUCCCCUAUGAAAGUAGCAGGACCUACCAACAGAAGGUCCUCAGACUCUGAUACGAGUACAACAUCGAAAGGUAUCCUGAUCUGUGCUGAUGAAGUUUGCUGGAUUAUUGGUAACUCUGUUGGUGAAAGCAGUGGCAGUGGAAAUGGCAGUGUGUCCAAAAACUGUCCUCGCAUGUGCUCCCAACAAGUCAACAUUGAACUCAUGGAGUUCCCCCUUUUCACGAUGACAACUUUCCCACCUGGAUUCAUAACUCACCUGGGCGGUGUGGUGGCUGCCAGGUCUGUUAAACUCCUCGACAAAAUACAUAACCCAGAGGAGCCGGAGACAAGAGAUGCCUGGUGGAACGAGAUCCGUACAGAGCUCCGUUCUCACACUCGAGCUAUGGGCUGUCAUGCUGUCAUUGGAUACAGUGAACAGACUUCUAUUUGUGAUGAGAUCAUUUUGUUGUCCGCAACUGGCACUGCAGCAAAGGUGAAUUUGAACUUGGAUCAGAACCAGUCUGCUCGGCAAGCUCCAAGUCUGCCCACUGGGGCUGGGGACAAGAAUACAUUUCUGAUAGAUAGAGACCAGAACAAGAAACUCUUCGUAGACGUUAACCUGGCAAAUCAAGUCUCUCAGAAGCUCGGACAUGGAGGAAGUACUGAUGAUGUAAGCCCUCGUGUAAACUGUGGACUGUGUCAUAUUCCGUACAAACCAGCAUCUUCACCUUUCCCAAUCAACCUUACACAGUGUAGCUCUUGCAAGAAAAGGUUUGUACCAGAUGUCUUGUUUACAACAAUUAACCCACCAGCUGAGAUACGGACCAUUGGCAGAGGUGCAUUUAUUCAAGCUAGGGUAUGUCGUCCUAAAGGAGAUGGGAAAGCUGAUGCUAAUGCUAAAGAAAUCAGUGAUAUUCUUCCAUUCUUAGAAUAUGAACUCCACAACCAGCUUAUCAACAAACUAAAGGUUCGCAGUAUGAACGGGCUGUUUAAGCUACAGAUGCAGUUUGUUGUUGGGGAAAAGAUGCUGGUGGCUGUUGCCACAGCGACCGGGGCGUUCCUCGCUCCACUUCCUUCCCCGCCGGUUCCCCGCUUACUUGGUCAAAUCCCCUCGGAAGAGGAGAAUGUGGCCCUGCAGGAACUACAGCUGAAGAUUCGGGAACAGCUACAACAAUACAAGGACCUCUACCAACUCAAUACCAUUGACUUCGCCAACCAAACCUGUCAAUCGAGUGUGCAUACAGACGACAGUGAUGAUGACACAUCUGAUCUUGAUUUCUCCACUGGCAAUAAGGACACAUUUGUACUCGAGGUUGAUGAUACUCGUGACUCAUCUGUAAAGGCCAUGUUGUCUGACAUUCCCCAGCCAGCUGGCAUGCAGGUGUGUAACACAAGCACCAUGCCUGGUAUCCCCGCCAGCUGCCUCGUGGCUAACAUGCAGAUGUUUACCCAAGUGUUCCGGAGACAGCUGGAUAGCAGUCAGCAAGGGCUUCCCAAGGACUUUUCCGAGAUUUUUGAUAGUGUCUAUAGGAGGCUGUAUUUCAAACUGCGGCGGAUGAUACCAUGCCUGUUGUGCGGCCUGAGUUUCUCCGUGGGCGCUCCAGAAGAAGAUGAAAUUGAGAUUGCUGUUACAGGGAUGUGUGUUGCCAUUGAAGACAACAACUCACAUAACAGCUCUCUCACUGAAACACCAAUGACCGGAGCCUCCAGUAAAUCUCUGCUCAAGCCGGCGAGUUCCAGUGUAGUAGGUGCAAGUGGUGAAAACAUUGAUGAUAUGAUGUUUACAAUGGAAGAAGUCAUGGAGGGCUCAGCUGCCUCUGCUAACAAAGGGUUCAAACUAAGGAAAGAAAACGUUAAAAUGAAAACAAGUCAGGUAUUCAGCCACCAAGUGAUAAACAGUAUAGAAAUAACACCCAUGACGUACGUGCCUGGAUCACGGAUAGAGCGUUACAUUGGAAGCUACAACUUCUUCUUCAUCAGGGAAACCUCCUCCUUGAAAGAGGUGGGGGGAGUUUGUGGCUUCAUGCAGAAGUUCAUCACUGAGGUGUUAGCGAUUGUACGAGCCCACGUCUCCUCUCUUGGUGGCAACGCCCUUGUGGCCUACAAUAUGACACAAUGUGUACUCCUUAACAAUGAACAUAAGAAUCAGAGCCAAUGCCUGAUCAAUGUGUGCGGUGAUGCUGUGAGUGCGACCAAAGAUGGAGAGGUGAUUGCCCUUGUGCCCGAAGUGCCACAGCCCCAUUACCGCAAACACAGUGACUCCCCCAGCAGUUAUGUCACUUGAUUCAAGUGUGCGGGGACGCAGUGUAACCAAACAUUGGGGAUAUAACUGCACUUUUCGUAGAGCCAUAGGUCCAAUAAUAAUGCAAGCAUGGCCAGAAAAAAUAAGGAUGGUGCUAUUCUUAAAGUGGUAGUAUAACACAUUAUUGAUGCUAACUUUCCAAGACAUGGAACUGACAGUUCAUCUAUCAACAUGAAGAAUACUAAAAAAUUAGAAUACAGAUGGCCUACAUAUUAACUUACCUCUUGUAUAUGUUGCUUGUAACACCAAAUGUAAUACAAGAUUAAUUGUUUUAUUUUAGAACAUGUAUAUUUUGAGAAAAAUAUUUCCAGCAAACUUGAAUAGAUGGAAAUUCACUGUAGGGUUUGUUUUGUUAGUCUGAAUUAAUGCUCAUUGUAAAGCUUAAUGUGUAUACAAUGUUUGUGCAAUUUUCUAACUGUUGUCAUGUAUAAUGAAAUCCUUGACAUCAGUAGAUAUUUAUCUUUAAUGGAGUUGUAUUAUGGCCUGGAAUUGAAAUGAAUUUUUUAACAUCUCUGAAUGUAAAUUAUAGUAUUAUUUUCAUUUUUAUAUACACAAAUGCUGAUGUUAAUAUCAGAUAAGUAUUGUUUUCAUUCUGCUGGUUAUUUUUACUGUGAUAACUGUACAGGGCUUGAAUGCAUUGUUAUGACGGUGUUUGCUGUCAUGCUGGUGUUAAGCAGUUUUGUAUGCAAAAUAAAUUAAAGAGACAAAAA